UCAAGGCUUCGUGCUGCCCUCUCUUAUUGGCUAGGGAUCUAGGGUUGUGGUCAUCUGAUUUACAUGAGUGCUCGUUCGUAAGAUACUACCACUCCAGAAUGGCGUUGCUCCCAUCGUCCUGCUGCGUCUUGUUCAUCAGUUAUGUUCGUCUUACCAGCUAUCCUUGUCCAUCAGUCUGUUGCUAACUACAUUUUCAUUUGUCAACACCUGGCUAGUCUAAUCGUUACGCAUAUACCGUGAAGCUCAAGCAUUACUAAUUGUAUGUUAAACGAGUUUCUCAGAUUUGAAAAAAAAAUAGAUUUGGCAUAGAGAGAGAGAGGGAGAUCACCUACGGGCUGCGGCUAGUUCCCUACCGGUCUUGCAAGUCUGCACGGCAAGGAAGAGAAGACACAGGCGCAAGUGGUAGAGCCCCCCACUGCUCCUGGCCAGCAGCGUACACGGAACACGAGGCAAUGCUGCACAGUCGCCACCACCAGCCGCCGCCGCCGCCUUUCGUACCUGGCCUCCUCCUGCUGCUCCUCCUCGCCGUGGCGCCGAGGCCGCCGCCGGCCGCCGCGGUGGGCGUCACCUGGGGCUUCGCGUCCUCCCACCCGCUCCCGGCGGCGCAGGUCGUGCGCGGCCUCCUCCUCCCCAACUCCGUCCCGCGCGUCCGCCUCGCCGCCGCCUCCUCCGACGCGCUCUCGGCGCUCGCGGGCACUGGCGUCGCCGUCACCGUCGGGGUCCCCGACGCGCUGCUCCGGCCCCUCGCCGCCUCAACCAAGGCUGCGGCCGCCUGGGUCCACGACAACGUCACCCGCUACGCCUCCGGCGUGCGGUUCGAGUAUAUUGUUGUUGGGGAUGAGCCAUUUCUUCUAAGUCAUGGACAACCUUUCCAGCCUUUUGUAGUUCAUGCAGCAGAAAAUAUUCAACGAGCGUUGGUUGGUGCAAAAUUAUCUAGCAAGGUGAAGGUUGUUGUACCUUGUAGCGCUGACACAUAUCAGAAUGCAUCUACCCUGCCUUCAAAAUCUAGCUUCAGACCUGAUGUUAACAAGACCAUGGCAGAACUCCUCUCAUUUCUUGCUAACAACAGUUCUCCAUUUAUGGUCGAACUGAAUCCAUUUUUGAGCUUUCAACAGAACAAGAAUCUGUCACUGGACUAUUACCUAUUCCAGCUAAUGUCACAUCCAAUAAAAGAUGGUCAAAACAAGUAUGACAACUACUUUGAUGCAAGCAUAGAUGCUCUGGUUACUGCUCUGACCAAAGCUGGCUUCGGAGACAUGGACAUCAUUGUUGGGAGAGCAGGAUGGCCAACAGAUGGAGCUGUGAAUGCAACUUCUGCUAUUGCUCAAUCGUUCAUGACUGGCCUGGUCAAUCACCUGGCCAAAAAGUCCGGGACUCCACUUCGCCCAAAAGUGCCUCCAAUUGAGACAUAUCUCUUCAGCCUUUUAGACGAAGAUCAACGCAAUACACAAAGUGGAGGUUAUGAAAGACACUAUGGCAUUUUUACCUUUGAUGGCCAGGCGAAGUACUAUGCCAAUAUAGGUCAAGGUUCUAAAGCUCUCAAGAAUGCCCCUGAUGUGGACUACCUUCCAUCAAAAUGGUGCGUGGUAGACAACAACAAGGACUUAUCCAAUGUUUCUUCCAGUUUUUCUGCAGCGUGCUCCAAUGGCGACUGCACUGCUCUGUCACCUGGUGGCUCCUGCUCGGCUCUUGGAUGGCCUGGUAAUGUGUCAUACGCAUUCAACAAUUAUUAUCAGCAACAUGAUCAGAGUGAGGAGAGCUGCAACUUCAGUGGCCUAGGUUUGAUAACCACUGUUGAUCCAUCUGUCGACAACUGUCUGUUUCCUCUUGCGAUUCGUACUUGUGCUGCUUCUUCCUUUCAUCCAACACUGGUCAUGGCCAUGUUGCGAUUACUAAUUGUAUGGUUUUGCAUUUGCAGCUAGUCUGAUGUAGCUGCCUAGCUUUAUAUGAUGUCUUUGAGGCCAUAUUGAGCCUUCAAGAUGCUCUUUGGGCCUCUUGUAGCAUGUACUCCGAAGUCUCGGUGCACCAUCAAACAUUAGUAUUCCUGUACCGGUAUAGUUUCUGAUGUCGCACUUCUUAGAGGACUAUUCCUGAAGUGUAAAUGUAUCUCAAAUUAGUCGGGAAAAAUCAUAACAUCAAUUAUUAUAGACAAUUUCUUAUAUGCCACUAAAACUUAUACUUUUCUCUAACAUGCCAUUCAAAAAAUUUAGUUUCCUUCUAUGCCACUACUUCAAAU